AUGUUUUUGAAAUUUUCCCUACUUUUUAUUUUCUGCUGCGUGGCAUUGGCAAGUACUGAUGGCCAAAUUUUCUCUCCUAAAGAUGUUGAGAAUGGAUUAAUUUCUGAAGGAGUCACCGAACCUGGAGCACAUGAAAUUACUGAGUUUUUGUUCAAAGAACGCCCAGACGAUGUAACUGCUGGUGAGCUGAAAAUUGAAUUCCAGAAGUUCUUGGCAAGUUUGAGUGAAGGUGAUAAGGCAGCUGUUCGGCAGAUUAUCAAUAAGGAAUUGGACAAGUUUUUCGAAGGAAAUGAGGAAUCUGUUUCAAUACUUUUGAAUUGAAAUGUUGUCUGGAGUUUCUUGUUCUUUUUUAUCUGGAAUAAAUAAACU